AUGUCUAUCACCGGCCAGCUUUACAGCGUUCUGUUCAAGAAGAACUACGCCAUGUUGGCGACCGUGUUCGGCGCCGGCUUCGCUUUCGAGAUGGGCUUCAACACUGGCAUGAACAAGCUCUGGGACCACCACAACCGCGGCCGCCAAUGGAAGGACAUCCGCCACAAGUACGUUGAGGCCGCUGAGGAGGAGGACGAGUAA